AUGGAAUCCGAAAUUCAAGCGCUCAGCGACCACAACCCAGGCACCAGCACCAGCAGCCGGCCGGCGCCCGGGGGACUCCAGGAUCUGGCCUUCGGCUCACUCGCUGGCAUGAUGGGCAAGUUCGUCGAGUACCCGUUCGACACAGUAAAAGUGCGGCUUCAGACGUCCGCAGCAUUCAGCGGCACGAUCGACUGCCUUCGGCAAACCUGGCACAACGAGGGCCCGCAGGGUUUCUACCGCGGCCUGACCUCGCCGCUGGUCGGCGCAAUGGCCGAAAACGCACUGGCGUUCUACUCAUACAACCGCAUCCAAGCAGCCAUCCGCUCGCUCGGCGGCCAAGAGCACCAAGACGUGCUGCCAAUGUCGCAGCUGUUUGCGAGCGGCGCGCUGACCGGCGUCAUCUGUGCGUUUGUGAUUUCGCCGGUGGAGCUGGUCAAGUGCAAGCUGCAGGUCGAGAACGUACAGGCGUAUGGCCAGCAGCAGUAUCAGCAGCCGGGAAAGGUCAAGUUCAAAGGCCCGCUGUCGGUUGUCGCCCACCUUGUGCGCUCCCAGGGCGCUGCCGGGCUGUACGCCGGGAUCGCCCCCACCGUGGCCAGAGAGUGCCUGGGCGUGGCCUUCUGGUUCGGCGCAUACGAGUUUGUCUGCCGCCAGAUUCUGCGCUCCCGCAGCCGCGCUGGGGAGCCCCUGCCGUCGAAGGACAGCCUGGGGCCUGGGAGCAUUAUCUUGGCCGGCGGGUGUGCCGGCAUAGCGUAUAAUCUGACAUCGUAUCCGAUCGACGUCGUCAAGUCGUUCAUUCAGACUGCGGACAUGCGUGUGGGUGCCGAUGCUGGUGGUGCGGAGGCCGGGCGGAGGCCCGGGGUCGUGGCCACCGUGCGCGCUGUGUAUGCGCGCGGCGGCGUGCCUGCGUUCUACCGCGGCCUGGGGAUCACGCUGCUGCGCGCCUUCCCGGCCAACGCCGCGAUGUUCAUGACGUACGAGUACCUGACACGCCUGUCGGCCGGCCUGCGCACAAAGUAA